AUGAACGCAGUGCGCUCGCCAUACACUCGCACAGCAUGGUACAACAGUGCCGUGCGGAUGGAGGUUGGCAAGGACCAUGUUUUUAGCCAACUCGACGAGGCUCAGCACACGAAGCGGCGCCAACAGAUGGCGUCUGGGUACUCAGGCAAAGAGAAUUGGUCCCUGGAAUCUGACAUGGACGAACACAUACACCAGCUUCUGGACCUGAUCAGAUCAAAGUAUCUUUCGACUGCUACGCGGCACGAGCCGGUGGAUCUCGCCAGUAAGAUUCAGUAUCUUACUCUCGACGUGAUCAGCAAAAUCGGCUUCGGUAAAGCGUUUGGGGACAUCAAAGCCGAUGCUGACCUCGACGAUUAUAUAAGCGCUGGUCGAGUCGGGUUGGCAAUUAUGGUCUUCACCGGGGCCCUUGGACUGACUCCUUACCUCCACUGGCCACCCAUCGCGCGCAUGCUCGGGCCCUCAGACAAGGACAAGAGUGGUUAUGGAAAGAUGAGAACGGUAGCUCGGGAACUCAUCGAUUCGCGUCUGGAGAAGCCCACCAAUAGUCGCUCGGACAUGCUCUCGUCGUUCAUACGCCACGGAUUGACACGCGACGAUAUCGUGACUGAGUCGAUGCUCACCAUUCUAGCAGGGUCUGACACGACUGCGACUGCUAUACGUGGAACGAUGCUCUACCUGAUGACCAGCCAUAGGGCGUACAAAAGGCUGCAAGCCGAGAUUGAUGAUGCAGUUACUUCAGGUCAUGCUGCUACAUCGUCCGGUAUCGUGUCUGACGAGACGAUGAAGAGCCUGCCAUACCUACAAGCCGUAAUGCGUGAAGGGCUUCGAAUUCACCCACCUGUCACUGAUAUCGCUCCGAAGAAGGUACCCGUCGAAGGCGACAAUGUUACAAUCAACGGUAAAGCGUAUUUCCUUCCUGGCGGUACCAACAUUGGGUAUAACGUAAUGGGCCUUAAUCGAAACAAAGAGAUAUUUGGUGAAGAUGUCGACUGCUUCAGACCGGAACGUUGGCUACUCGAUGAGCACAACGACAUCCAGCUUGAGCGCUUGAACGCUAUGCGCCGUACUACAGACAUGAUCUUCGGGUAUGGCAAGUACCAGUGUCUUGGGAAGCCUAUAGCAUGGUUGGAGAUGAGGAAGGUCAUCUUCGAGUUCCUACGACACUUCGAUUGGUCUCUUGCAAGCCCAGAGAAACCGUGGAGAUCUAAGAAUUACUUCGGCGUCUUCCUGCAAGACCAAAUGUGGUGCCACAUUACUGAGAGAGAGCAUGGCUUAUGA